UAUGCUCUUUCUCCUAUGUCAGAGCUGGAGGGCCUAACACAAUGCGGAACGGACAAGAUUAUUCUCCAAGGUCAGGCUGGGAUACCUGGAAUUCCAGGUGUGCCAGGAACAAACGGAUCACCAGGGCUAAAGGGUGACCAAGGUCCUCAGGGGCCCCCAGGUGAAAGAGGAUCUGCUGGGAUAACUGGAAAAGCUGGACCGAAAGGAGACAAAGGAGACAAAGGAGAUGCCUGCAGAUUAGACAAUUGUCCACCGAAAGGUAUGCCUGUUCUUCCUCUUUCUCAAAAGCUUCCUAAUUGGGUUGCUUCAGUCUUUCACUUAGAUGGUAGCUGGAUGAUUUUGGGAGCUGAAGGCCAAGAAACUGGAAUCAUCAAAUGCAGAAAGCUUUCUUUGCUAGGAUACCCGGUGGUGGUUUUCUGUGACAUGGGGACUGAUGGAGGAGGCUGGUUGCAAUUCCAGAGGUGGCAAGAUGGGUCUGUGGAUUUCUACCGUGACUGGGAAUCAUACAAGAAAGGAUUUGGAAAUCAAGGAUCAGAAUUCUGGCUGGGCAAUGAUAAGAUCCAUCUUCUCACCAGUUCUGGAACACAUCAGUUGAGGAUUGACCUGGAAGAUUUCAAUGGUUCCAGAACCUUUGCAAUAUAUUCCAGUUUCAGAAUUGCAAAUGAAAAUGAAAAUUACAAAUUAAUAUUGGGUUCUUAUUUGGAUGGCAACAUGGGUGAUUCUCUCUCAGGACAAAAUGACCAUCCGUUCUGUACCAAAGACAGAGACAAUGAUAUCUAUGAUGGAAAUUGUGCCGUAAUUUACAAAGGAGCCUGGUGGUACCAUAAGUGCCACACUUCCAACCUGAAUGGCCUGUAUCACAAAGGGGAACAUACCUCUUUUGCUGAUGGCAUCAACUGGGCUGCCGGAAAAGGGUACUAUUAUUCUUACAAGUAUGCAGAUAUGAAAAUUAGACCACAAUAAAUGAAACCACAUUUUGAGAGAUUUUUCAAUAUAACCCAAAAUGAUUAUUCUUCUCUGUUCUCUUC